AGAGCAAGAGGGGCAGGAACAGAAGAAAGGCACAGGAAACUUGGAGGACACCCUGAAUCCCCGAGCCAGUCAACUCUCGAGGAAAGGAAGGGAUAAGGCUUGUGUUCAGUCUCACCUGUGAAAAAUGUCCGGUGGUCCUUUGGGCACGGCGCUGGCGGUGGCAUUGCUCGCCAUUGCUGUGCAGUGUAUGCCGAAAGGAACAGGGAAACAUAGGAGACAAGCUCAGGAACACUCGGUGUCAUCUGUAUCUCAAGAUGGUUGUGUUGCGAACGGUCAGUUUUAUGGAACAGGAGAGCAGUGGGAGCGCAGAUUUCUGGGCAGCAUGCUGCUCUGCACUUGUCAUGGAGUUUCUGGAUUUGAGUGUAAAUCAAAACCUGAUGCUGAGGAGACCUGCUACGAUAAAGUAAAUUCUCUCUCCUACCGGGUUGGAGAGACUUACGAGAGGCCCAAGGAUGGGAUGAUCUGGGACUGCACUUGCAUUGGCUCUGGCCGAGGGAAAAUCAGUUGCACCAUUGCGAACCGCUGUCAUGAGGGAGGGCACUCCUACAAGAUUGGAGACACAUGGCAGAGACCUCAUGACACUGGAGACUACAUGCUGGAGUGCGUCUGCUUGGGAAAUGGGAAAGGAGAGUGGACCUGCAAACCAGUUGCGGAGCGCUGUUAUGAUAAUACAGCUGGCACCUCCUACAUGGUUGGUGAGACCUGGGAGAAGCCCUACCAGGGCUGGAUGAUCGUGGACUGCACCUGCCUCGGAGAAGGAAGUGGACGUAUUACUUGCACAUCCAGAAACCGCUGUAAUGACCAGGACACACGCACUUCUUACCGGAUUGGAGACACUUGGAGUAAAACGGACUCUCGUGGACACGUUUUACAGUGUCUGUGUACUGGUAAUGGACGUGGAGAGUGGAAAUGUGAGAGACAUGCUUCUCUGCACACCACUAGUCUUGGUACUGGGUCUCGUGUCGUGACCAAUGUCCAGCCAGCGGUGUACCACCCACAAGGGGUGCCCGAACACCCUAUGGAGGGAUCCUGUCUGACCGAAGCAGGUGUUUCCUAUGCUCCAGGCAUGCGCUGGAGCAAGACUCAAGGUAGCAAACAGAUGUUGUGUACCUGCUUGGGGAACGGUGUCAGCUGUGAAGAGUCAGAGAGUCAGUCUCAGGUGUAUGGCGGGACCUCAGGUGGUGAGCCUUGUGUUUUCCCUUUUAUGUUCAUGGGGAAAACGUUUUACUCCUGCACUUCUGAGGGACGCAAUGAUGGACAGCUCUGGUGCAGCACCUCAUCUGACUUUGAGAAAGACUACAAGUACUCCUUCUGUACCAGCAACAAUGUUAUGGUCACAACCAGAGGAGGAAACUCCAGUGGUGCCCUGUGCCAGUUCCCUUUCCUAUACAACGGCCGUAACUACACUGACUGCACUGCUGAUGGCAGGAGAGAUGGCAUGAAAUGGUGCGGCACGACUUAUAACUUUGACAAAGAACAGCGCUUUGGCUUCUGCCCAAUGGCAGCCCAUGAAGAGGUGUGUACCACCAAUGAGGGAGUGAUGUAUCGUGUGGGGGAUCAGUGGGACAGACGCCAUGAUGUUCUGGGUCACAUGAUGCGCUGUACGUGUGUGGGCAAUGGCCGUGGAGAAUGGAGCUGCAUCGCCUACUCUCAACUUAAAGACCAGUGCAUUGUGGAUAAUUUGACCUACGAAGUAAAUCAGACUUUUACUAAAAGGCACGACGAAGGCUACACAAUGAACUGCACCUGUUUUGGUCAAGGCCGUGGACGCUGGAAGUGUGAUGCCGUCGAUCAGUGCCAGGAGCCGGAGACUAGAGUUUUCUAUCAGAUUGGAGAGUCCUGGGAGAAACUCAUUCAGGGAAUCCACUACAGAUGUUACUGCUAUGGAAAUGGCAUCGGGGAGUUGAGCUGCGAGCCUCAGCACUCUACCUCUGGUGGUCAUCGUCCAGUCCAGGUUAUUAUUUCAGAAGCUGGAAACCAGCCCAACUCGCACCCCAUCCAAUGGAAUGCGCCGGCUUCUGCUCACAUCACACAGUACAUACUUAAAUGGAGGCCGAAAAACACCCAUAUUCCGUGGAUGGAGGUAACUAUUCCAGGCCAUGUGAACUCUUACACCAUUGCGGGACUGAAGCCGGGAGUCACCUACGAGGGUCAGUUCAUCAGCAUCCUGCGUUUUGGACGUAGAGAGACCACUCGCUUUGAUUUCUCCACCGUACAUGGCUCAUUGGAGACCUCUGAGGGUGAGACCAACCAACCCCCUCCAAUGGUGGACACCUCUGAGUCUGUGACUGAGAUCACCUCCAGCAGUUUCGUCAUCUCCUGGGUGUCUGCAUCCGACACAGUGUCUGGUUUUAGGGUGGAAUAUGAGCUGAGUGAAGAGGGAGGCCAGCCUGGAGAGCCCAUGAUCUUGGACCUGCCUCAUACUGCUACAUCCGUGAACAUCAGCGAACUUCUGCCAGGACGGAAGUACACUGUGAAUGUGUAUGAAGUGACAGGAGAAGGAGAACCUAACCUCAUCCUCACCACUUCCCAGACUACCGCUCCUGAUGCUCCUUCUGAUCAUGAAGUGGAGGAUGUAGCAGACACCUCCAUUCGUAUCAGCUGGUCUAAACCUGUGGCUCCUAUCACAGGCUACCGUGUGGUUUACACUCCAUCUGAAGAAGGCAGUUCUGGCAGCGUUGAGCUGAAUCUGCCAGAACAUUCCACCUCAUUGACCCUGGGUGAUCUUCGACCUGGUGUGCUGUAUAACAUCAGCAUCUUCUCUGUGGAAGAGAAUCUGGAGAGUGAACCUGUUUUUGUUCAGGUCACCACUGCUGGAGAGCCACUGGCAGAGGAAGUGCCUUCUCCAACCGAUCUGCAGUUUUAUGAGGUGUCUGACUCAAAGAUGACGAUCACCUGGACUUCUCCAUCUACUGAGGUGUCUGGGUACCGUGUGUCUGUGGGUGAAGUGGGUCCAGAUGGCUUGAUUGAGAAAGAAGUGCCGUAUCCAGUAACACAGAAUGCCUAUGCUGAAAUCUCACACCUCCAGCCCGGCACCCUCUACCGCUUCUUCAUCUUUGCCCUCAAAUCAGGAGAGGAGAGUGAGCCGCUGGUGGGAGAGCAAGCUACAAAGCCCGAUCCCCCCACUGACAUCUACUUCUCCAACGUUACUGAAGACCGUGCUGUGAUCGUCUGGCUGCCUCCUACUGCUCAGAUCACCGGUUACAGGCUUUUCCUGAUAGUCGAGGGCUCCAACCCCAAACAGCUGCAUAUUCCUCGCCGUCUCUCGCAGUACACCCUCCUCAACCUAAAGCCGGACACCGAAUACACUGCCACUCUGCAUGCGGAGAGAGGAAACGUGCUCAGUGAAGGCUCCAUCGCCACCUUCGCCACAACUCCUCUAAUGGGAAAUGCGCCGUCCUUCAGCACUGAUGUCACAGACACUUCCAUCAUUGUCUCCUGGAGCCCUGUGCCCAAAAUUGGAUACAAGUUGACUGUGAGACCCAGCCAAGGUGGAGAAGCCCCUAGAGAUGUGAUCUCAGAGUCUGGUAGUGUCCUCAUCUCAGGUCUGACCCCUGGAGUUGAGUACACGUACAGCGUCCAGCCGGUUAUCAGUGGUCAAGAGCAUGGAAACCCUAUCACUCGACGUGUGGUCACUCCUCUUUCUCCACCCACUGAUCUGAACCUGGAGUCCAACCCCAACACCGGAGAGCUGACCGUUCAGUGGAAUGAUGCUAAAAUCCCAGACAUCACGGGCUACAGAGUGACCUGCACCCCCACCAAAGGCCAGCAGGGAAAUUCGCUGGAGGAGUUUGUGAAGGCCGGACAGAACUCGUGCACAUUAGAGAACCUGAGUCCAGGAGUGGAGUACAAUGUCAGCGUGUUUACUGUGAAGGAUGACAUGGAGAGCGUUCCUGUCUCCACGACUGUAACCCCAGAUGUGCCCAAAAUAACUGAUCUCAGCUUCAUCAAUGUCACUGACUCUACUAUUGGCUUAAGCUGGAGUCCUCUGAACUCCACCGCCGUUACCGGCUACCGCAUCACAGUUCUGGCUGCUGGGGACAGUGUCCCGAUCUUUGUUGAAUUUGUGGAGCCCACAACAGGCUUUUAUACUGUUCACGGCCUGGAGCCAGGCAUCGAUUAUGACAUCACCGUUACCACAAUUACAGAAAAUGGAGAGAGCGAACCCAUCACAAUCACACAGCAAACAGCUGUCCCAGCCCCAUAUGGCCUGUCAUUCGGAGAAGUGACUGCAGACACUAUGCUGGUGACCUGGAAAGCCCCUCAGGUGCCCAAAUCCUCAGAUAUUGAGCAAUACAUCAUCCGCUAUCAUCCAGUUGAUGAAGAUGACGACACCACUGAACGCACUGUGGAAGGAAGCGAAAACUUUGUCGUCCUUCGCCAUCUUGUGCCCAACACAGAGUACCUGGUGAGUGUGAUUUGUGUCUAUGAGGGCAGAGAGGGAUCACCUGCCAUCGGCACCCAGAGAACUGUUUUUGAUGCCCCUGUCGGCCUUCAGUUCUCUGAUGUGGGCACCAACUCCUUCACCGUGCACUGGCAGGCUCCUCGGGCCAUCAUCUCAGGAUACCGAAUCCGCUACCAGAUGACCAGUGGUGGACGAGCUAAAGAGGAGAGACUGCCCCCCUCAAGGAGCCACUUCACCCUGACAGGCCUGACCCCGGAGACUGAGUACAGCAUCAGUGUCUAUGCCGUCAGUGGAUCCAGAGACAGUCUGCCUUUGACUGGAACUCAGUCUACCAUCUCUGAUGCUCCUACUGAUCUGGAAGUGAUCUCCUCAACGCCGACCAGCAUCACCGUUCGCUGGGAUGCCCCCUCUGUCACUGUGCGGUACUACAGGAUAACACAUGGAGAGUCAGGUGGUUCUGAUGCUCCUCUGGAAUUUAUGGUUCCUGGCUCCCAGUCUACAGCCACUAUUGAAGAUCUACGUCCAGGCACUGAUUACACCAUUACUGUUUAUGCUGUGACUGGUAGAGGGGACAGCCCUGCAUCCAGCACUCCCAUCCAUGUUAAACAUAGAACCGAUAUUGAUUCUCCGUCACAGAUGGAGGUGACUGACGUGAAGGACAACACUAUUACUGUACGCUGGACCCCAGUGGCUGGCCCCAUCUCAAGAUACAGAGUCAUAGGAACUCCUCUUACUGGAGAAGGACCUAUGUUAAAUGCGGAUAUUGCUCCAGACCAGACUGAAUUUACAUUCUCUGGCCUGAUGCCUACAGUGAAGUACAGCAUCAAGGUGUAUGCUCUGGGUCAGGAUGGAGAGAGCCUCCCUCUGGUCGAAAAUGUAGUCACAACGGUGGACAAACCUAAAGAUCUGUCCUUCACUGACGUGGAAUCCAGCUCCAUGCGCAUCUCUUGGGACAGUCCCGAUGGCGUAGUCUCCUCCUAUAGAGUGUUGUACUACAGUCCAGAGGAGGGGGAGAGAGAGCUGUUCCCUGCCCCGCAUGGGGAUGACGAGUCUGCAGUGCUUCAUGGCCUCAGACCUGGCACAGAAUACACUGUUAAAGUCAUCGCACUGCAUGAUCGAACACCAAGCACUCCGCUGGUCGGCACUCAAACAACAGGUAUUCCUGCACCUACGAGUCUGAAGUUUUCCCAAGUGGGCCCAACAUCUUUCACAGUCUCCUGGUCUUCAUCUGAUGCCAGGUUGACAGGUUACCGUGUGGCCAUUUCACCCAAGAGCAAAAGCGGCCCUACUAAAGAGGAAAACCUCACCCCUGACUCCACUGACUUCCAUGCCUCUGGACUCAUGCCUGGCACUGAUUACGAAGUGGAGGUUUAUGGUGUGAAGAACUCUCUAACCAGCCCUCGGGUCAAAGGAGAAGUCACAACACCUGACAAUAUCAGUCCACCUCGACGUGUCCGUAUAUCUAAUGUGAAGGACUCCUCCAUCACUAUAACGUGGCGCUCAAAGACUGAGGCUAUUUCUGGCUUCUUGGUGGAAGCAACUCCCACCAUGGGCGGCCAUAAUCCAAUCCAGAGGACCAUUGAACCUGAUUCACGCACUUACACAAUUGCUGGUCUGGAGCCUGGAACCAAUUAUAAGAUCAAUAUCUAUACUCUGAAUGGAAACUCUCGUAGUGAGCCUUUCACCCUUACAGCUACAACAGCAAAACCAGUUAUUAGCCCACCUACAAACCUCCAUUUUACCUCUCUGGCUUGUACUUCGAUCGCCUUCACCUGGGAGGCUCCACGCAGCACUAUCACUGGAUACUAUGUGACCUAUGAGGAGGCUGGAGGCAUUCCCAAAGAGCUGACCCCUCGACCCCAGGCUGCCAGAACCUUCGCUUCCAUCUCUGGGUUGAAACCAGGCACUGAGUACAUUAUCAAGAUUGUUGCGUUAAAUGGCGCUCAAAGAAGCACGCCAUUGAUUGGAAAGGCAAGAACUCAACUGGAAAUUGAGCAGCUUCCCCCUCAGCUCCCCAACCCCAGCCGACCCCAUCUCGAAGUCUUGGAUGUGCCCGAGGACAAUGACAACUUCAACAACCACGUACAUGUGCUGGGGCCAAACAGACACAACACAUUGGGGCAGCAGGGCCAACACAUCUACACUGAAUAUCAGAGCUUCAACCUGGGCAACAACGGCCAGCAGCCUCAUCAUCCAAACCACGGUGAGCCACUGGUCUACAUCCCUCUUCCGGGAGCUGACGGCCAGAGAGUGCCUGUGGUGAAGGUGAACGAGGGUCCAGAAGCUGGUUUCCCCUUUGGCGGCCUUUUCAAUGAGACAAACCUGCCCCAGGAGUCUCAGACUCAGACCACGAUUGUAUGGCAGCCUGUGCCGCACACAUCCGAGUAUGUGGUGUGGUGCAGCCCCAUUACUGAGAUCAAUGAGAAGAGCUUCCAGAUGCGUUUGCCUGGUACCUCAACAAGCGCUACCCUGAUCGGCCUUACCUCUGGUGCCUCCUAUAAUGUUCUUGUGGAGUCUGUCAAUGGAGACCAAAAACAGAAAGUGCUGGAAGAUGUUGUGACUGUUGGAAAUAGUGUUCCAGGAGCUGGAGUGAUUCCCACCGGCAGGGAUGUGUGUUAUGAUUCAUUCACCACCACCUAUCAUGAGGUUAACGCGGAGUGGGAGCGCAUGUCUGAGACGGGCUUUAAACUCUGGUGCAAGUGCCUGGGCCUCGGCAGUGGUCAUUUCAGAUGUGAUUCGUCCAAAUGGUGCCAUGACAGUGGCCACAAUUACCGAAUUGGUGAGAAAUGGGACCGGCGUGCUGAGAACGGACACAUGAUGAGCUGUACCUGUCUGGGCAAUGGGAAAGGAGAGUUCAAAUGUGAACCUCAUGAAUCCACCUGUUAUGACGAGGGGAAGUUGUACCAGGUGGGCAACCAGUGGCAAAAGGAGUAUCUCGGAGCCAUUUGCACAUGUACCUGCUACGGAGGACAACAGGGCUGGCGCUGUGAGAACUGUCGUCGUCCUGGUGCUGAAGUUGAUGCAGACCUCAUUCAGCCUCCAGUGCGCACUGAUGCUUUCGACCGGUACAGAGAGAAUGCCCUACGCAAACUGAACAUCCAGUGUCCCAUUGAGUGCCUGAGACCAGACCUGUUAGCAGAUGCCCAGAACCCUCAUGAUUAAACGUGCAUUUGAGUUUUGCCCAAUACUGGAGAGGACACGGCCUACAGAGACUGUAUCUAGUGCCAUCAGUGCCUCUUCAUCCUUAUCUUCACUCACACUGCAAACUCUGUCCUGCUGCUUCCACCUGUGACAUCACGCCCAGACAUCUCUUCUGAUUGGCUGAGUCUGCUGCCAGUCUUUCUCUCUCUCUCUCUCUCUCUCUCUCUCUCUCUCUCUCUGCAAAUGGACGGAAGGACACCAUCCAUCUAUAAGUGAAAUUCCACUGACUUAAAGCUUGGCUGUUGACAUCAUUUCCACAUUUUCUGGAAACUCGAGCGUCAGUGUAACUUAAGCAGAGAAUCAACAAAUCUUGCCUUUGUGUUUUUCAGUAUUAUUGCCUGUUGUCUGAUUGUUUUUUUUUUUUUAAUUUGUUUUUUUAUGAUUUGUGAAUUAAAUUUUUUUUUUUAUGUAUUUUUGUCAGUGAUCAAAAUGUUCAUUGGUGUUCUUUUCUAAAACAAGCACUGUCUUACAAUGAAAACCUUUGUGCCUUGUAGGCAUCCUGUUUUUAUGAUGUAAUAAUAUUCUCCCCUCCCUAAUCUGAUUGGUUGGUUGAAAUCUGUGGCCUUUGUGUCCGUCAGGAAGCAAAGGAAAGCACUGUGGUAAUGAAGAAGUGAACUUUUUUUUAUUUUUAUUUUAUUUAUCCCUUUUAUGUAAUGCGUUUGGAUGGAAUGCAAAUUAUGGGUGUAUACUGUUUUUAUGUUUGUGUUUUAGGUGCCAAAGUCUUAACUACUGUGGACAAAAAUACUUUUUAAUAAAAUCUUUUUUUUUUACAA